AUGUCUAUUGUUGACAUUCAUCCGAACUAUGACCUUAGAUUUCGUUUGUCACUCGGAGAUGUUGUAAAAUUAAAAGUUGUUGAAGGUGUUGUUUGGCUUUUUGGCUGGCAAAUACCUCUUGAAACAGAAUUAACAUUUCGCGAUGAAUCUUUUACAUUAUCAUCCUUUGUUCCUUCAAAAGUCAUGCUUAUCGAAUCGGCAGUACCAUAUUAUUCUGCAAUGAGUCAAAUUCCUAAAAUUAUCGAAAGACAAUUACAAAAGGAAGUAAUUAUCAUCGGCGGUUCAAAAUCAUCUGGCAAAACAACGCUUGCACGAUGGAUACUCAAUACCAGAUUUAUCCAAGGCGUGAAAACCUUUUAUGUCAAUGCUGAUACUUAUCAAGCUCCAUUUGCUACAAAUGGCUGCAUUGGAUUAGCCUAUAUCGAUAGACCUAUCGAUAAUAAUGGGUUCCAGCUUAUUGAUCCUAUAUUAUUAUACUUCGGACAUAGUGAUAUCAAACAAUCAAGAAAAACUUUAUACGAAGGUCAAUUGCUUCAAAUCAGAGAUAACAUCCUCCAUAAGUUAGAAGCACUGGAGAACCCACAAGACGUCUGUAUCGUUAUAGAUUACCCUACAAUCAGAGAACCAUUCAUGGGAGAGUCUUUGCAAGAAGUUAUGAACAUGUUUGGUGCUACUCACUUCGUUACUCUUGGUGACGAUGCUUUAGGAGAGCUUGCUCCAAAGACAUCUGAUAUUAUUGUACAAAAACUUCCAGUUCUUCCUGGAGCUCUAUACAUAAACGAGACUAUAAAGUCUAGGCUCGUCAAUAAAGCAAUUCGCGAGUACUUUUACGGUACUCCUGAAUGUCCAUUGAAACCAAUCACCAAAACGAUACAAAGAAGCGAGUUUGAAGCUUAUAGUCUUGGUACUCUUAACUAUAUCUCAAAGAUUAUGCUUCCUUCCGGUGCAGAUUCCCCAGAUCCGAAAGUUUUGAACAAAAUUGGCAUAACGCAGAUGUUAAACAAGAGAAUACUAGCAGUUAUACCACAAGUACCUCGCCCUGAUGUGUGGAAGAUGAAUAUUGUUGGAUUUUACUGUUUGAUUUCUGUUGAUGAGAUGAAAGAAGAAAUUACUAUCCUUGUCCCUUCAGAAGUACCUCCUCCAGAAUCAUACUUGGUCGCAGGAACAAUAGAAUUCAACGAAGUUUAA